UGAAACUUGAUCAUUAUUUGUAUCCCAGAUAAAGGUGAUGAAUCAGGGCCAAUCAUACUUCAUCUGGAUUCUUUGAGUCUUCACUCUAGCAGAUCACUAUUUGAUAACAUCAAAAGCCAAGCAAACUUUGCGGGGUUCUUAAAGGGAAAACAAUGUGUUCUUCAGUGGCCGCAAGCGGCGGGGAUUUUGUGACAUGGGAUCAGAAAUAUAGAUAGAUUGAUAGAUAGAGGAUAUAUACUCUUUAAUAUUUUUUUGUCCUUUGCACCCACCGCAUGCAUAGCUGGCAUUGCCAACUGUUCUUGUCUUUCUGUUUUUACUCUUAUAGUUUCACCAUUAGAUUUUGGAUUCACGCUUCUUCAUUUCCUCUUAAUACAAUAAAUGAAACUCGUGUCCAAUUCCAUGAUUCCUAAGAUUGACACUAUUGGAUUGAUUUCAAUUUUAAAAGAUUGUGAAUUUUGUAUUGGUGUUUAGGAAGUUAUGGGUCAAGAAUUUUCUCAUGAAGGGGUUAAUAGCGAGCAUACAUCAUAUGAUCAAUAUGAGCAGGAGGAAGAAAAAUAUGAGGAAGUUGACGUGGAUUAUAUGGAUGAGGACGACACAAAUGUGGAACCAAUGUUCGAUUAUCACGGCUUCGAUGAAGGGUAUAACAUUGACUCACUUGAAGACAUUGGGAUGAUUGAAUUUUGGAACAUCAGGGAUGAAGAUGUAUGUCAUUUUCACUUUUCUGAUGUCGACAUUGCAUUUGAGUUCUACAAUAGAUAUGCGAGGACAAGAGGCUUUAGUGCUCGGAAGAACAGGACUAGGAAGAGUCGUGUGGGCGCACUUAAGUUGAAGAAUUUUGUAUGUCAUCGUGAAGGAUUUAGACCACAAAAUAAUUACGGCAUUGGAAACCUUAAGAGAAAACCUACACCCGAGACAAGGUGUGGCUGCAGUGCAAUGAUGGAGAUUCGUGUAGAUGCACCUAGUGGUCGUUGGUUUAUUUCUUAUUUUUCUAAUGAACACAAUCAUCCGCUUCUGGAUCCUCGGUUGACUGGAUUGCUUCCUGGGCAUAGAUUCAUGUCUGAGGCUGAUAUUGGCCACAUGGUUAACAUGAAAAAGGGUGGGAUUAGUGUUUGGCAGAUAUAUCGGGCAUUAGCAAAUCAGGCAUGUGGCUACGAGUAUCUCUCUUUCACGCAAAGGGACAUGUACAAUAAAAUAGCAAAGCAGAGGCGCCAAUUAUCCGGUGAUGCAUAUGCAGCUUUGAAGUAUCUAGAAGAUCAAGCAACAAAUGAUCCUUCUCUCUAUUUUAAUCAUCACAUGGAUGCCGAUGGUACUUUGCACAAUUUAUUCUGGUGCAAUGGUCUCAGUAGGGCAGACUACUCAUUAUUUGGUGAUGUGCUGGCUUUUAAUGCUACCUAUAAGAGGAAUAAAUAUAUGUGUCCACUUGUGGUAUUUUCUGGUGUCAAUCAUCACAAUCAAACAAUUAUCUUUGCUGCUGCUUUAAUUUGCGAUGAGAAAAAAGACACAUAUAGGUGGUUGCUACAACAACUGAAGGUGGCAAUGAAUGGGAAAGCACCUGUUUCGGUGAUCACGGAUGGUGAUCUAUCAAUGAAGUUCGCCAUUGAAAAAGAGUUUCCUAAUGCACAUCAUAGAUUAUGUGCAUGGCAUCUGAUUCGCAAUGCAACAAGUAACAUUGGCAAGCCCCAGUUUACCUCCAUGUUUAAAAAGUGUAUGCUAGGCGACUAUGAAAUUGAUGUAUUUCAUCAAAAGUGGUUUGAAAUAGUUGAGGAAUUUGGUGUCAAAAACAAGAAUUGGGUCCUAGAUAUAUAUAUAAAAAGAGACAUUCAUGGGCAACUGCACAUAUAA